UGACGUCGAGGAAACGCUCUUGGCAUCGGCUUGCUUGAAUAAACUGAGCACAAAGAUUCGCGCCCAGCCAGACUUUCCCUGGGUUGUGAGGGAGGCAAGAAGAGAGGCGCGUAUCAACAGCACGUGCGCCAACCACGAUAGAGCUUGCAGUAUAAUUAUACACGGAGUCCCAGAACUCCGCACUGCCGACCCGGUUGAAUCAUCCCGCCACGAUGUUCAGCAGUGGUGCUAUAUUCGGUCGCAGCUUAACCUAUCAGUGGACAACUGUGGGGCGUGGUCUGUUCACCGGCUGCCGAGGCCAGCUCACCUCUCGCAGAUACAGGCGCCUAAACUGCUCAGGGUCAUUCUUUUCACUCCUGAGAUGCGCCAGACUGUACUACAACGGUGGUACGAGCUACGUGGAAACUUUCCGUACGAAGUCAGGAUGCAUCCAGACAAACCGCGGGAGGAGCGCAGGCAAAUUCAGGGACGUAAUUCCACGCCACUCAGUCGAGCCACGCCAUCACUACCUAUUACGCGACUUGUGGAUAUAACAAAAAACGAAUAGGCGCCGGCCCCUGUGGGGUCGGCGUAAACCACACUGGAACUACCCUACCAUCUAUGCCUUCAAUCCACUGCCCGCCAGCAGUUCAUGUUAGCACGUGGAACUGCUUGUACACCAACGCUUUAUCGCUACGGAACAAGGUGUCCGAACUCUCUUCCCUUGCGCUGGACACGCAAGCUAAAGUUAUAUGUAUAACCGAAACCUGGUUCUGCCCAGACGUUGUGGACGCCGAGGUAGCUAUCCCGGGAUACGUGCUCUUUCGAAACGAUCGUGAAAGCGGCAAAGGCGGCGGCGUAGCUGUGUAUGUAUCAGACCGCCUCACAUGCAUCCCUCUCAAAUCUCCGGAACUACUAUCUCUUCCCGAAUCCCUCUGGAUUCGCGUCCGCGGAUCUGGUUCCACCAGUCUCACCCUUGGAGUGGUUUAUCGCCCUCCCUCAGCUGCGCCAGAAUGGCUGCGGUGCUGGAACGCCGCCCUCCGAGCAGCCACUUCAGAUUUGGGUGCCCCCCUACUCGUCGCAGGUGACUUUAAUUUCCCGGAGAUAGACUUUACCUCUGGCCAAGCUCGCAGUCAGCACAGCCUUGAGUUUCUUGCCAGUGUUCUAGAACAUGGCCUAACCGAACACGUACAGCAGUACACUCGGUGGCGAGACGGUCAAAACCCGUCGAAACUCGACUUGCUGCUCACCAACGAGCCACAUCUAAUUGACAACGUUAAUUUGAGCGCCCCAGUUGGUGCAAGCGAUCAUGUAGUUAUCAGUUUUCGUGUGGUGGCGAACGUCACGCUCAACGCUAAAGCACUGCCCAUCAGGCUUAACUUUCGUCGAGCGGACUAUGACGCCAUCAAAGAUUUCCUCUCACGAGUCGACUGGUCCCUGGCAGCACAAACCCCCACAGUCGACGACCAUUGGAACUACAUCGCCGCUCACAUCCACGACGCAAUUAGGGCACACGUCCCCACAGUGCGCGCUUACGCGCCGAAACGCCACAGGCAACUUCAGCCUGCUACGCUUAGGCUGAUCAGGGAGAAGAAAGCCCUCUGGGACAGAUUCUUACUUUUUGGCGACUCUGAUUCGCGUGCACAAUACUGUAGAGUGCGAAAUUCCUGCAUAGCAGCUGUUCGCCAGGACAGAAAAGCGUACCAGCUCUCUCUCGCUAAAAGCUUCACCGAUAACCCCAAGGUCUUCUUUAAGCAUAUAGCGUCUCUCACUAAAUCGCGCGCUGCCGUUGGCAGCCUGCUCGGACCCGUAGGCCAUACCACAACGUCGGACAAAGAAGCUGCGGAAUUGCUGAAGACUCAGUACGAGUCCGUUUUCGGCACCUUCGCAAGCAGUACAACGGUAGGCGCUAACUUUACCCCCGUCACUGCCAGACAUCCCGUGCAGUUUACAUCAGAGAAAGUCCUGGAGAAAUUAAAAAAAUUAAGGACAGACAAAUCGCCGGGUUUGGACGGGAUCCCUCCCAUUUUUCUACGUGAGUGCGCCACUGUACUGGCCGAGCCGCUUGCCUUACUGUACAGCCGCUCCUACACCAGUGCCGAAUACCCGAACGCUUGGAAGCAAGGGGUCAUAACGCCGAUAUACAAGGGUGGUGACAGGACAAACCCCUCUAAUUACCGCCCGAUAGCACUGCUUUCCACUGCCUCCAAAGUAAUGGAGAGUAUCGUAGACGAUUUCUUGCGCUGCCAUUUAGAAAGUCUGUCCUUAAUAGCCCCGGAACAGCACGGGUUCCGCAGGGCUCACUCGUGCACCACGAAUCUUCUCGCAGCCCUUGAUUCCUGGACUGCAGAGGCAGACAAUCAUACUCCAACUGACGUGGUUUACGUGGAUUUCUCAAAAGCAUUCGACCGGGUCAAUCACGCACUGCUGUUGAGUAAACUGCCGAGUUUGGGGAUCGACCAGCAAACAAUCUGCUGGCUAAGUACCUACCUGUCUGGCCGCACCUACCGAGUUCGUGUAAACGGCGCACUCUCCAGCGCUCUGGCUGCAACGACCGGGGUGCCCCAGGGAUCCAUCCUCGGGCCCCUGCUGUUCAAUUUGUUCAUCAACGACCUCCCAUCCUGUAUCAGCAGCCACAUACUGCUUUAUGCGGACGACGCUAAGAUAUGGCGACCUAUCCGCAGGCCAAGUGAUCAGGCACUUCUCCAGACAGACAUCGAUGCUGCUUAUUCUUGGGCCUCGAAAAAUUCGCUCCCGUUUAACAUCGACAAGUGCAAAGUCAUGCACAUUGGGCAAGGUGUGGCUAAUCCGUACAAUAUCGGCGGUGUGCAUCUUAAAGCCACAUCCCAGGAACGCGACCUGGGGACCAUAAUAUCCGCCGACCUGAGCCCGAGCGCCAAUGUAGCUACACUGGCGCGAAAGGCUAGCGUUCGCCUGGCCCUCCUUGGACGUGCACUAGGGUCUUUCCCUAGAGAGACAUUUGUCCGUCUCUAUAGCACUUUAGUACGUCCGCUGCUGGAGUACAACAUACUUGUCCAGCCGCCGUACCUGAAGAAGGACGAGGCCAUGCUGGAAACUGUACAGCGCAGAGCCACUAAGAGAGUGGACGGACUAUCCCACUUCUCGUAUGAGGAGCGUCUGGCGGCCCUUAACCUCUUCCCGUUGAAAUAUCGCAGGCUUCGUGGCGACCUUAUCUUAGCUUAUUCCGUCCUGACUAAUAACAGACACCCAAACGCAGGAUUGCUGGUCCGCGCCCGUACAGAUCAUCUUCGAGGGCACUCACUCAAACUGAUGACUCGUAGCAGUCGCCUUCUGUGCCGAAGAAACAGUUUCAGUGUGCGUACUGCCUUCGCUUGGAACGCCCUCCCCGAAGCUGUUGUCUCAGCGCCCAAUACGGAGGCCUUCAAACAGCGCCUAGACGCUUGGCUCUUACCUCGCUGGUCUUCAACGUUGCUAAGAUCUGGCCAUUUUCCAAGCUAACACGCGGCGCUUCCAUCAUUUUGCUUCUAUCCAACUUUGCCGAAUUUACCUACACCACUCUCUUGUUCCAGGUAUCCACGUUCCCACAGUCAACUCGCUGAAUUCUUGUGCUGAACACCACUACUGCGUCGAGAACCACAACAUCUGGUACCUACCGACGAGAUCAGGACCUUGCCGUAAGAUCCCGAGGCAGAACCACCGAAAAGCUACGCUUACUCGUUCUGCGCAAACCCGUGAAACCCGGAGCCGAUGAGCGUCGCGCCGUUCGAAGGCGGAUGCUAUGUUGACUCAAACAAACGCGAGCAACGUUCAAACAGGCAAGCGGCUAAUUUGCUAUGUACAUCGAGAAAAUAUAAUUUGGUGAUUUUG